AUGAAAGUCGCACGACCUUCCUUGAACCCGGGGCGGACGAAAAACAUCAUCCAUGGCUUCCAGGGGUUUAUCAUCUUCCUGGCGUGGGCCUUGACCAUCGCCGUGUUUACCAAGGGCGGUGGCAUUGAUGGGAGGUCGGCCUGGUACUGGGCCUUGUGCUGGUUCAGUAUCCCCGGUCUCAUCUACUUGGUGGCCGUCCCGAUGUGGCCGCGCGCACGUCGGUUCGGAAACGUUUACGCCUUCGCGACCGUCGACUGCCUGUACGCCAUCUUAUGGUUCAGCGCCUGGGUCUGUGUCGCCAGCUAUGUGGCGCAGGGGAAGAGCGAGGGCAAGAGCGACAGCUCGACAGACAGCGACAGCAAGUCCAGCAAGCGGGCCAGCGACAGCAAGAAGAGCGGCUGCGACAACUGGGCCUACGGCAACGCCAGCAAGUGCAAGAUCAGCACCGCCACCGUGAUCUUGGGUGUCAUCGUAUUCUUACUCUUCGUGGUCACCGCGUUCAUGUCCUUCCGCAACGUCGUGCACUUCCGCCGCACCGGCACCCUGCCCGACGCCGUCUCCGACCCGACCUUCGCCGCCCACACCAAGGCCGCAUUCUCGUCCAACCCGGCGCACGAUUUUGAGGAGGAGGAGGACGACUUCCGGUCGCGCGCGGGAAUGGGGUCGUCGGUCCGCGGCGAUCGCGAUGAGGACUACGCCCUGCUGCAUCAGAGCGAGGCGGAUGACUUCGGCAGCACCACGCACGGCCGCUCUGCGGCGUCGGGCGCCUACGACCCGACCGUCUCGACGGGCAGCGUGCUGCACGACUACAACACCAGCUACGGCGGUGCGCACGGUCAGCACUACGGCGGACCGUCGGAGUAUGAGCCGAGUCAUAGCGGCUACGGCCACUAG